AUGUCAAUGAUAAUUGCUCAAACUCCUAAAACUUAUUUCGGUUCUGACAUUCAAAAAUCAUUAGGUUCUCUUCCCGGAUUUCCAUGGGCAAAAUACCCCAGAGAAAAACAUCUUCCCGGUCAUAAUUACACUGGUCCAGGUACAAGACACAGGUUUAAUAGAUGUCAACAUUUCAUAUCACGAAGAAUAUUUAAACCAUCGCAGGCAGUGGGGGAUACUACCAAACUCUGUGACAAAUAUCCGAUGAUUCAAAAUUGUCGAUACAGAUUUCGAAAAUGGAAGUGCCGAAGAACAAGCGUUUUGGAAAAGGAUAAAAUAUGUGACGUAUAUCUACCGAUUCUACUAGGAGCGGUCGUGACACUUGACCCUUGA